GCUUUUGAGCCCUAGGGCAGGCUGGGUCAGGAAGCAGUGACUGUCAUGGAUGAAGAAAAGCUCCCAUGUGAACAACGUGAGGAAGGAGGUGCUAUCCAGGACCCCAACCUGGAACCUAAAGGGGAGCCUGGGGUCCAGAAUGGAAUGGAAGCCAGUAAAGGCCCAGGCAGUCACAUCAGCAGUCCAGGCAGUGAGAAGAGAGACACCUUAGAGGGCACCAUGGAAUCUCUGGGAGACCCAGAUGUGGCCCUGCCUGGCCUUAGCCUCUCUCUCACCAAUGGCCUGGCCUUGGGACAAGAUGGGGACAUUCUGGAAGAUUCUAUGGAAUCCAAGCCCUGGAGGGCUAGUGGGCCAGCAGAGGAGGAGGAGGAUGUCUCCAGGAGUCUCUGUCCAGAUGCUGAGGACCCUCAGCUGGGGCUGGAUUGCCCUGGGGAGCCAGAUGUGCGGGAUGGCUUCAGUGCCACGUUUGAGAAGAUUCUGGAGUCAGAGCUGUUGCGGGGCACUCAGUACAGCAGCCUGGACUCAUUAGAUGUGCUGAGUCUCACUGACGAGAGUGACAGCUGUGUCAGCUUCGAGGCCCCCCUCACACCUCUCAUCCAGCAGCGGGCUCGAGACAGCCCUGAGCCUGGGGCUGGACUAGGCAUUGGGGACAUGGGGCCUGAAGGGGACCCGGGGGCAGCUGGUGGUGGUGAUGGGGAGCUGGGCAGCCCCCUGCGGCGGUCCAUCUCUAGCAGCCGCUCAGAGAAUGUCCUGAGCCACUUGUCUCUCAUGUCGAUGCCCAAUGGGUUCCAUGAAGACGGACCUGGGGGCUCAGGAGGGGACGAUGAGGAUGAUGAAGACACAGACAAGUUGCUGAACUCUGCCAGUGACACCAGCCUCAAGGAUGGCCUGUCGGACUCGGAUUCAGAGCUGAGCAGCUCUGAGGGGCUGGAGCCCAGUGGCACAGACCCGCUGGAAAAGAACAAUGAGUUCAGCAGGCUGGUGGCUGGGGAAUACCUCAGUUUCUUCGACUUCUCAGGCCUCACGUUGGACAGAGCACUCAGAACCUUCCUGAAGGCCUUUCCACUGAUGGGGGAGACGCAGGAGCGAGAGCGAGUCCUUACCCACUUCUCACGCCGGUACUGCCAGUGUAACCCAGACGACAGCACAUCAGAAGACAAGCUUCAUACCCUGACCUUCUGUGUCCGGCUUAUGUCACUUGACAUACUUGGUCACAUGAACAUUGGCAAGAAGAUGUCCUGCCAGCAGUUCAUUGCCAACUUGGACCAGCUGAAUGAUGGCCAAGACUUUGCCAAAGACCUGUUGAAGGUCUGGUACCUUCCUAGUGAUGAGAAUGAGCUGAGAAAAUCCCUGUCUGAGCUGGUGGAUGACAAGUUUGGGACAGGCACAAAGAAGGUGACUCGGAUCUUGGAUGGUGGCAAUCCAUUCCUGGAUGUCCCGCAGGCUCUCAGCGCUACUACCUACAAGCAUGGCGUGCUCACCCGGAAGACUCAUGCUGACAUGGACGGCAAGAGGACACCCCGUGGAAGGCGUGGCUGGAAGAAAUUCUACGCGGUGCUCAAAGGGACCAUCCUGUACCUGCAGAAGGAUGAAUACAGGCCCGACAAGGCUCUGUCUGAGGGCGACUUGAAGAAUGCCAUCCGUGUGCAUCAUGCUCUGGCCACCAGGGCUUCUGACUACAGUAAGAAGUCCAACGUGCUCAAGCUGAAGACAGCAGACUGGAGGGUCUUCCUCUUCCAGGCACCGAGCAAGGAAGAAAUGCUGUCCUGGAUCCUGAGGAUCAACCUAGAGGAGCAGCUGCGGUCUCACGAGAAUAAGCUGAGGCAGGUGACUGCAGAGCUGGCUGAGCACAGGUGUCACCCAGUGGAGAGAGGCCUCAAGUCCAAGGAGGCGGAGGAAUACCGGCUAAAGGAACACUAUCUCACAUUUGAGAAAAGCCGUUAUGAGACCUACAUCCACCUCCUGACCGUGAAAAUCAAAGUGGGCUCAGAUGACCUGGAGCGGAUUGAGGCCCGGCUGGCUACUCUAGAAGGGGAUGACUCAGCUCUCCGGAAAACACACUCAAGCCCUGCCCUCAGCCUGGGCCACGGGCCUGUGACUGGCAGCAAAGCCACAAAGGAUGCCUCUGCAUCUGAUACUUAGCUGGUGUGGCUGUGUUGGCCCUGGAGUCAGGCAAAUGUCCCCAGAAGGGUCAGUGAGCACAAUUCCAGCCAGAGGCUGCUUGAACCAAGCUCCAUGCAGUUAGCAGGCAACCAGAGGGGUAUGGAGAGCCAUGUGGCCAAGGAGAUGCCAUUUGUGGCAUUGAUCUUCUUGAAUCCUGGGCUAUCUCUGGCCUAGACCCUCUUUUAGUCCUGGCUGACCUCAAGUCAUGGGGCCUUGCUUUGCAGGACAGACAUGUUCUAGGGCUGCAAACUGGAGAAGUCCAUCACUGUUGCUUCCCCAAGCCCCCUUCUCAUCAAGCUUCUCCCUCAUCUUGUAUUUGAGAGGAUGGGUCUGAACUCUGGGUUUCAGCUUGGACACUUACACUUUCUCCUCUUUCCUCUCAGCUGACCAGAAGCAGGUCUAUAAACCACCACCAACGCCUUUCUUUUCCCCAGCAACCUUUGCAACUGGCCCAGUUCUCCUGCCUCACAUUGCAAUAAUCUGAG